CUCGUAAACCCUAUUCAAUUCACUCCGAUAAUCUAUCUAAAUCUAAACCCUAAAAACCAAAAAGCUCUGCUAGCAAUACAUACACUCACAAUACAGACGCACAAACUUAUCAACGAUGAAUAGUGAAGCAAUCCAUGAGGACUCCUCCAUGCGUGAGCCUGUAGACGAUGAUAAAACCAGCGCCGAUUAUUACUUCGAUUCCUACUCUCACUUCGGUAUUCAUGAAGAAAUGCUGAAGGAUGUCGUGAGAACUAAGACUUACCAAAACGUUAUCUACAGAAACACGUUCUUAUUCAAGGACAAGAUUGUUCUUGAUGUUGGUGCAGGGACAGGGAUUCUAUCUCUCUUUUGCGCGAAAGCUGGGGCAAAACAUGUUUAUGCUGUUGAGUGUUCACAGAUGGCUGACAUGGCAAAAGAGAUUGUCGAAGCAAAUGGUUAUUCUAAUGUUAUAACCGUUUUGAAAGGAAAGAUUGAAGAGCUUGACCUACCGGUUCCUCAAGUGGAUAUUAUUAUUUCAGAAUGGAUGGGUUAUUUCUUGUUAUAUGAAAACAUGUUGAAUACUGUUUUAUAUGCUCGCGAUAAGUGGUUGGUUAAUAACGGAAUUGUGCUACCUGAUAACGCUUCUCUCUAUCUGACAGCAAUUGAGGAUGCCGAGUACAAAGAAGACAAGAUUGAAUUUUGGAACAAUGUGUAUGGUUUUGACAUGAGCUGCAUUAGGAAGCAGUCAAUCAUGGAACCUCUUGUUGACACAGUUGACCAGAAUCAGAUUGUCACGAACUGCCAAUUACUUAAGACCAUGGACAUCUCAAAGAUGACAUCAGGGGAUGCUUCUUUCACAGCACCUUUUAAACUUGUGGCUGAACGUGACGAUUAUGUUCAUGCUUUAGUCGCAUAUUUUGAUGUAGCGUUUACUGUGUGUCACAAACUCACAGGGUUUUCUACAGGACCAAGAUCAAGAAACACACACUGGAAACAAACUGUUUUAUAUCUUGAAGAGGUGUUGACUAUAUGUGAAGGCGAAUCGAUUACUGGGAGCAUGACUGUGGCACAAAAUAAGAAGAAUCCACGAGACGUGGAUAUCACACUCAAGUACUCGUUAAAUGGUCAACGCUGUGUUAUCUCAAGAACACAACAAUACAAGAUGCGCUAAUACACAUACACUGCCAUUCGAAUUCUUGUACUGUUGAAUUUGUUGUUUUACAAUUGUUCAUGUAUGAAAUUGUUAACAUGGAUUGAUUAUUUUUAUUUAUCUCAUUGCAAUUGAUUGUCAUU